GGAAGCAAAAAAGAUAAAAAGCUUUAUGGCUCAUGAGGCUCUCAAAAAACGGCACCGCUCCUCUCUCACUCGUUUUUUAACCUAAACCUUUUCUCCCCAGCCUCAUCUUUUUAAGUGGCACUGAUCAGUGGGAUAGAGAGAGAGAGAAAAAAUAUAAAAAGAGGGAGCUUUUGUGUUCUUGUGGGUAUGUCUCCCUAGGAUUCAGCUUUUUGGUUUCCAUUACAGAGACAAAUCAUAACAAAAAAAAAAGGGGGUUUCUUGUUCUCUAUUGUUUGUGUUCUGUUGUGCUUUUUCUAUUAAGGUUUUUAGAAGUGGUGUUUCUGCUAAAAAGGUUGAGACUUUUUGAGUGUUAGUGUUCUUAGCUUAAUGACAACAAGAGCGGAACGUAAUAAGGAAGAUUUUGUUGGUGGGUUCGGUUUUGGAGUUGUAGAACACUCUCAUAAAGACGUUAUGUUACCGUCUCAUCAUUACCAUUCAUAUUCAUCGCCUUCCUCUGCUUCCUUCUGUUACUGUUCCAAUGGUGCUGCCGAUCCAAUCUUCUCUGCUUCAAACACUUCUUCUCUUGGUGAAAUGUUCUCUCUCGAGGGUUCUAAUGCUUCUGCUGCUGUUUCAGUUGCAGACCCUUUCUUCACCUUGACCUCCUCAGCUUUCAGUGAAGCUCAAUGGCAUGAGCUUGAGAGACAGAGGAAUAUAUUCAAGUGCAUGAUGGCUUCUCUUCCUGUUCCUUCUGAGCUUCUCACACCCUUCUCCAUGAACCCAUCACACACCAACAAUCAAGAUGUGACAGUGACAGUGGCGAGAGGAGGUUCACUGAAGCUGGGGAUUGCUUCAAACGCAAGCAACAACACGGCUGAUAUGGAGCCAUGGAGGUGCAAGAGAACAGACGGGAAGAAAUGGAGAUGCUCUAGAAACGCUGUCCCUGAUCAAAAAUACUGUGAGAGACACGCUCACAAGAGCCGUCCUCGUUCAAGAAAGCAUGUGGAAACAUCACCUCAUUCUCACCACAGUGAAACUCGCACCACUAAGAACGUCGCUAGCCAGUUUGCUACACCUUAUCCUCAGUUCUACGGACCUCCCUUAAGCCAGUUCUCUGCCGUUUCUACUCUCCCGCCAGCUUCCUCUUCUUAUGAUCAUCACCCUAAUAGUGGAUUGAGGUGGCUUAUGAAAGAAGGCGACUCCAUAGCAACGUUAAACCCGGAGAUUCAUGAAUCUGCUCAGCUGAAGGUUGGAUCAAGCAGAGAGCUCAAACGUGGAUUUGAAUAUGAUCUGAACUACAUACAGAAUGAGCCUUUAGUAGACCAGAGAUUUGGAGCAUUGGAGGGUCUAUUGAGUCCAAACCGCCAAGAGACGAGGCGGUUUUUGGUAGAAGGGGAGCAAGAUGAAGCAAUGGGAAGCUCUCUGACACUAUCAAUGGCUGGAGGCAUGGAGGAAGGUGAGGGAAGAAGCCAGCACCAGUGGAUUAGCCAUGAAGGACCGUCGUGGCUAUGUUCAACAACACCAGGUGGACCAUUGGCUGAAGCACUUUGCCUUGGUGUCCCCAACAAUCCAAGUACUAGUACUACUACUACUAGUAGCUGCAGCAGAAGCUCAAGCUAAAACACAAAACGACUCGAGUUGGUGUGGUUUUUACGAGUCUAGAAAUCUGUUUUAGUGAUUAGAAAUCAAAACUAUGUUUCAGAUUUUAAGUAUCGUUCUCAGUGAUUUGUUUGAAAAAACUGAGAACACCUUUUAGAUCUUGUUCCUUUUUUUUUGGCUGUUGGAUUUUGCAGAAGCUUUCAGUGUGCUUUGAUCAUUUGAUGUGUAACA